AUGCAGGCGCAGCAAGGGGGAAUCACAGCUUUCAUGCAGCUCACAGCUAUUGGCGAUGAGGAAGUUGCCAAGAGCAUGUUCAGUGUUCGCUCAGGGGCAACAGUGAACACAGGGAGUGAAUGGCAUCAGCACUUCUCGUGCUUCACACGCUUAGGCUCCAGUGCAGCUGCAAACCCAGUUUGGCAGGUGCAGAAGGGCCUCUGCCACAUCUCCAAGGAUGUUAAAAUGGCAAAGAAAUUAUCCGCUCUCCGUAGAAGGAGGUUUAUACUCGUCCUCUUUGUAGCUGGAAUUGGCGGGAGUUUCCAAUUUGGGUUCAGUAUAUCCUCCAUCAAUCCACCAUCAGAGUAUAUUAAGAACUUCAUCAAUGAAACGUGGAUCGAGCGACAUGAAAAACCAUUACAGGAAUAUUCAUUAAUGCUCUUGUGGUCUUUUAUUGUAUCUGUAUACCCUGUUGGAGGACUGGUAGGAGCACAAAUUGCUGCAAUUAUAACAGUGAAGUAUGGAAGAAAGAAAUCUUUGCUAUGUAAUGACAUUGUGGCAAUUAUGGCCGCAAUCAUAAUGGGUUUCAGCAAGAUGGCAAGAUCGUUUGAGAUGAUUGUGAUAGGAAGAUUCCUGCACGGAAUUAAUACUGGCAUCGGAUUAGUCGCUCAUGGCCUGUACCUCGGGGAAAUAGCACCAAAGGAAGUGCGAGGUGCUGUGUGUAUGACCCGUGCUGUAUUUGUUGCCUUUGGGAAAUUGAUAGGACUGGUGGUUGGACUCAGGCAAAUUCUAGGUGAUGAAAAUACCUGGCACUUACUGCUGGCCUUCUGUGGGCUGCCUGCCCUGAUUCAGCUCAUCACCCUGCCCUGGUUUCCAGAAAGCCCUAGAUAUCUACUCUUGGAGAGAGGAGACCAAGCUUUGUGCAUAGACGCUCUUCGCAGACUGUGGGGUCCGGGUGAUUUCACCGAGGAGGUUGAAGACAUGAAUGCAGAAAGGGCUCAGAUGCAGGGAGGAAGCAAAAUGUACAUUAUACAACUGUUCAGAGACAAGACGAUACGAUAUCAGUUCUUCACAGCCAUGGUUAUCAGCGCGGGUAUGCAGCUAACUGGCAUCAAUAUUAUCUAUUUUUAUGCUUCUGAUGUUUAUCACCAGCUGGAAAUUCCCAAGGAUAGAAUCCCUUUUGUGGGAAUUGGAUCAAGUGGAAUUGAAAUGUUAACUUCAGUGAUGUGUGGAUUCAUUAUUGAACGAGUGGGAAGGAAGGUUCUGCUUUGGAGAGGGUACUGCUUCAUGGCAGUGUGUUUACUACUACUGAUCAUUACACUCUCUCUCAAGGAACAUUUCUCCUGGAUUCCAUAUUGUAGCCUGGUCAUCAUUUUUGCAUACAUCCUGACUUUUGGAAUAGGACCAGGUAGCAUCAGUGGAGUUUUGCCUCUGGAAAUAUUCACUCAGUCGAACCGAUCUAUCGCAUUGGUGACAUCGAACUCUCUUCAGUGGCUGUCUCUCUUUGGCCUGGGACUGGUUUUCCCAUUUGUUAUUAAUGCACUGGGGCAAUUCUCCUUCUUUCUGUUUGUCGGAGGCUGCUGUUUGGCUUCGCUCUUCACGUUUUAUGUGCUCCCUGAGACGAAGGGGAAAACUCUUCUUCAAAUCAAUGAGGAGUUUAACAAUUUGCGCAACGCCAAGAAGGGAAUUUGCCCCAUCUUUAGUAAGAGACCAGUUGUGCCAAAACAGACAGAGAUUUUAUCGACCCGACUGUGA